UUCUUCUACCCAAAAUCAGACCUCAAAUUUCAAGCUCAUCAGUUCUCCAAUGGUGGUCAUCUUCUCCUCUUCCUCUUGCUUGCCCGAUCCGUCUUACUGCCUAUCAAAAUCAUUCACCUCAGCUGUAACGUACCCUGUCUCAUCUCCCCUUCUCAUUCGAACUCCCACUCUCCAAUUAUCACCCAAUCUUAUCUCCCACUCAACUCACCGCCCUCUCUGCUUCUGUUCAUCUUCGUCGCCCGGAGAAUCCAGUGAACGCCUCAAGUUCACUAAAGAUCAUUUUCAUUCAAUUCGACGGAUCGCCGCCUCUGCCGUUCUAUUCGCUGGUCUCGGACUUCAUUCACUUGCCGCCGUUGCCUCCACUCAGCGUUCGACUGUUCCAGUUGUCGGACUUUCGUCUGUGGAAGAGGAGAGAAUAGUUCAAGAUGACCGUGAAAUGAUGAAAUCGGAGGAUGUGGAUAGUUUCGAAAAUGAGGAACAAAAAGCUGCUUUUGAGAUGUGGAAAUCCAAAGUUUAUGCUUUGACAGUUCCGUUGAGGAUUGUUUCAUUACGUGAAUCGGUGCCUCCUUCUUGGAUCAAGGAUUUUGUGCAAUCUCAAGGAAAAAGACUAAAAUUCAGUUUGGAGUACCGUGGAUGCCUCCAGGACAUCUUUUCCGAAGUUUCUUCCUCUUUCGACAAAAAGGAUAUUAAACCUAAAUCUGCGGCGGCGGCUGACAUGAUUACACUUGGCGAUUCAUGGCUCGGUUAUGCUAUUAGUAGAGGUUUAGUUGAGCCUCUCCAUGGUAUAGAAGAAGAAGGAUGGUUUCGUGGUUUAAGUGAUAAAUGGAAGGUAUAUUUGUGCAGGAACAGUGAGGGCAACCUUUCUGCUGAAGGCAAAAUAUGGGCUGUGCCGUAUCGAUGGGGAAGCAUGGUAAUAAUGUACAAGAAAAACAAGUUCCAAGAAUAUAAUUUGGCACCCAUAGAGGAUUGGGAAGAUUUAUGGCGGCCUGAACUUGCUGGAAAGAUUUCUAUGGUGAAUUGUCCCAGAGAAGUAAUUGGUGCUGUCUUGAAGUCUAUAGAUGCAUCGUACAACACAAACAACAUCGAUUCCCAUGUACCUGGAGGGAUUAAUGCUGUGCAGGACAAGCUUGCUUUGCUUGCUAAGCAGGUUCGAUUGUUCGACAGUGCUGACUACCUAAAGGCAUUCACAGUGGGAGAUGUAUGGGUGGCAGUGGGGUGGAGUAGUGAUGUUAUUGCAGCUGCCAACCGACUCAAAAAUGUUUCGGUUAUUGUUCCAAAGUCUGGUGCUAGCCUGUGGGCUGAUCUAUGGGCAAUUCCGGCAGCCUCAAAAGUAGCAGCAGAAACAGAGAGCUUAGGUGGGCGAGUUCGUGGGGCAUCACCUCUAAUCUAUCAAUGGAUGGAGUUCUGUUUGCAGCCAGCUAGACGGUUACCAUUCGAGCGACAAGUAAUUCCAGGCGGGUCUCCCUCUUCCAUAGAAAACUCUUCACUUCAACUAAAAGAAGAAGAAGAAGCCGGAAAACUGAGGCUAGACACGAAUCUCAUUGCUGGUGUGCCUCCGCCUCACAUUUUGGCUCGGUGUGAAUUCCUGGAACCUCUUUCCGAUUCCACAAUGUCCGAUUAUCAGACUUUGUUAGCCAGAAUGCACCAACAACCAUGUCAAAGUGGAUUAGGGUUCCAACAAAUUGUUCAGAACAUGUUCCCCAAAAUAGGGAUCUUUAAGGCAAAAUGAACCAUUUUCAUCUUUUUAUUUUUUUAAAAAUUCAUAUGUUGUCAAACCUUAAUAUGCA